CACACGACAUAUGGUUACCUAGCAGCGGAUGAAUGAUACAAACAAAGUAGAAGAUGCAAUAACCGUUUGACGGCGUCAAAAAAAAAUGACAUUUUUCUUCUAAAUUUGUGAAAAUAUGAGUGAAACUGCUGAAGCAGAUCUUUUGGAAGCUAUAAAAGAGUCACUACAAAAAGACGGGACCUUGGGUCGCUUCAAAGGAGAAAUUCGAGCAGCUGUUAUGAAUGUCUUAAAUAAAAAUUCUGGUAGUGGAGAUGCGCCAAAAGUGCCCGACGAAACAAGAUUAAUUAAUGAACUAAUACGAGAAUACCUUGCAUGGAAUGGUUAUUUAUAUACAGAACAAGUUUUAGCAACAGAAUCCGGUCAAAAUGGUGAACGGGUCGCCAGAGACGUGCUGACAACAAAAUUAGGUGUAAUGGACGACGCAAAAACAGCAAAAAUACCUCUUUUAUACUAUAUAGUAUCAGCUUUUCAAGUAUCAGAUGAUAAACCCUAGGCUUAGAGACUUAUUUAAUUAUAUACAAAUAAAACCACUUUAAUUUAUUUAAUAUUAAA